AUGGCGAUCACGACCAAAGUCACCGACUCCGAAGAGUAUUUGCACUCCACUUUUGCUUCCAGAUAUAUGCGUGCUCCUGUUCCCAGAUUCAAGUUGCCAGAGCGGUCAAUGCCAAAAGAAGCAGCAUACCAAGUAAUAAACGAUGAGUUGAUGUUAGACGGAAAUCCCAGGCUAAACUUGGCAUCCUUUGUGACGACAUGGAUGGAGCCUGAGUGCGACAAGCUUAUGAUGGACUCCAUUAACAAGAACUAUGUUGACAUGGAUGAGUAUCCUGUUACUACUGAGCUUCAGAAUCGGUGUGUAAAUAUGAUUGCCAACUUAUUCCAUGCUCCAGUUGGAGAUGAUGAAGCUGCAGUUGGUGUGGGAACUGUGGGUUCAUCAGAGGCGAUAAUGUUGGCUGGGUUAGCUUUCAAAAGAAAAUGGCAGCACAAGAGAAGAUCACAAUGUCAACCUUUUGAUAAACCCAAUAUUGUCACAGGAGCUAAUGUGCAGGUGUGCUGGGAAAAGUUUGCAAGGUACUUUGAAGUGGAGCUGAAGGAGGUGAAACUGACUGAGGGAUGUUACGUGAUGGACCCAGCGAAAGCAGUGGAGAUGGUUGAUGAGAAUACCAUCUGUGUAGCCACCAUUCUUGGAUCAACCUUGACUGGAGAGUUUGAAGAUGUAAAGCUUCUGAACCAGCUGCUUUCUGAGAAGAAUGACGAAACUGGUUGGGAUAUCCCAAUUCACGUAGAUGCAGCUAGUGGAGGAUUCAUCGCUCCUUUUCUUUACCCAGAUCUCGAGUGGGAUUUCCGGUUGCCGUUGGUCAAAAGCAUCAACGUAAGCGGCCACAAGUAUGGGCUGGUCUACGCCGGAGUUGGUUGGGUUGUUUGGAGAACAAAAGAUGACUUGCCUGACGAUCUUGUUUUUCAUAUCAACUAUCUUGGAGCUGAUCAACCCACUUUUACUCUCAACUUUUCUAAAGGAUCUAAUCAAAUUAUUGCUCAGUACUAUCAAUUCAUUAGACUUGGCUUCGAUGGGUACAAGAACAUAAUACAAAACUGCAUGGAAAAUGCUCGAGUGUUGAGAGAAGGAAUAGAGAAAACGGAGCGAUUUGAGAUUCUAUCAAAGGAUGUAGGGGUUCCACUUGUGGCAUUCAGGCUUCAGGAUAGCAGCAAGCACACGGUGUUUGAGCUUGCAGAGAGCCUACGAAGAUUCGGUUGGAUAAUUCCUGCCUACACAAUGCCAGCAGAUGCGCAACAUGUGGCAGUGCUGCGGGUGGUGAUUAGGGAGGACUUCAGCACAGGGCUCGCAGAGAGACUAAUCAAUCAUCUCAACCAGGUUUUGAAGGAAAUGGAUACCCUCCCUAGCCGCAUGCCUGUGACUCCUAAUCCUAAUCCUCCUAAACAUUCUCAUCAGGACAUUAUCAGGUAUUGGCGCCGUCUUGUGGACCACAAACGAAAUGGUGUGUGCUGA